GUGACGCUUUUCACUGGGGUUUAAGGAUAAGUCGAUAGGAAAUGACUUAGGAGGGUUUUUUAAACUAAUUAAACAGACCCCAAGCCUCGGUCCGAGUGUCCAGGAAACACUUCCUGGAUUACCCAACGAACGCUUCGAAGCAUCGGCACAGCACGUGGCAUCGCUACUUUUCUUAUUUUUCGUUGGCUCUUGGAUGUUUGUAAAAUGUCUGAGCUUCAGGAUCUUUCAGAUGUCCAACAGCUGAGGGUGAUCAAAAAAGAGGUUCUCCCUGAGCAGCAAGAGAGGAGCUCUAGUAUUAAACAGGAGGAGUCUCCUGAACCAGCAGACAUUAAGGAGGAACAGGAGGAACUGUGGAUCAGUCAGGAGAGAGAGCAGCUUCAAGAUUCAGAGGGGGCUGGUAUCAGCAUGUUCACAUUCACUCCUGUGUCUGUGAAGGGUGAAGAAGAGGAUGGAGAGAAACCUCAAUCCUCACAGCUUGAUGAGAAACAAAGUGAAGAAAACAGAAUCACAGAGGGUUUGAAAACUGAAUCUGAUGGAGAGGACUGUGGGGGAUCAGGAGCAGACAGUUAUUUACAGCCAGUCACUUCUGACAUGGCUUUUGACCCUUCUGGAUUCGAGACUGAUGACAGUGCUGAUUGGGAGGAGAGUGAUGAAGCUCAGAGGAAACAGAAGAAACAAGUAGAGAAACACAAAGGAGCCCAUACAGGGAAGAAACCGUUUGGUUGCUCAGUUUGUGGUAAAAGAUUUACCUGUAAAGGAAGUCUGAAGACCCACUUGAUUAUCCACACAGGGGAGCGACGAUUUAGUUGCUCAGUUUGUGGUAAAAGAUUUUUCCGUCAAGUACAGCUGAAGACACACUUUACUGUUCAUACAGGGGAGAAACCAUUUAGUUGUUCAGUUUGUGGAAAAUGUUUUUGUUUCAAAUAUUUGUUGGUGGCGCACAAGAGAAUCCAUACAGGGGAGAAACCAUUUAGUUGUACAGUUUGUAAGAAAGGAUUUUCCGAGAAGAGAAAGCUGAAGGUGCACAUGAUUGUCCACACAGGGGAGCGAUCGUUUAGCUGUUCAGUUUGUGGUAAAAGAUUUUCCCGUCAAGUAUAUCUGAAGGCUCACUUCACUAUCCAUACAGGGGAGCGACCGUUUAGCUGUUCAGUUUGUGGUAAAAGAUUUUCCCGUAAAGUAUACCUGAAGACCCACUUGACUAUCCAUUCAGGGGAGAAACCAUUUUGUUGUCCAGUUUGUAAGAAAUGUUUUAGAUUGAAAGAGGUGCUUUACCUGCACAGGAGAGUCCACACAUCGGAAAAGCCAUUUAACUGUUCAGUUUGUUGUAGAAGAUUUUCUGACGAGGAAAAUCUGAAGCACCACAUGAAUGUCCACACAGGGGAAACACCAUAUAACUGCUCAAUUUGUAAGAAAGGAUUUUUCCAAGAGAGAAAGCUGAAGGAACACUUGGUUGUCCACACUAAGGAGAGACCAUUUAGCUGUUCAGUGUGUGAUAAAAAGUUUUCCUAUCAAAGAAGUUUGCAAAGCCACAUGACUUUUCACACACGGGGGGAACCAUUUAGCUGUUCAGUCUGUGAGAGAAAAUAUUAUAGCCAACACAGUCUGAAGCAACACAUGAAUGUCCACACAGACGGGAAACAAUUUAGUUGCUCAGUUUGUAACAAAGUAUUUUCCUGUCAGGGACAGCUGAAUGCCCACUUGAUUACCCACACUGGGGAGAAACCAUUUGGCUGUUCUGUUUGUGGUAACAGAUUUACUCAAAAAGGAGGUCUGAAGCUGCACAUGAAUAUCCACACAGGGGAGAAACCAUUUAGCUGUUCAAUCUGUCAUAAAGGAUACAACACACAGGGAAAGCUGAAGGCCCAUUUGCGUGUACACACAGGGGAGAAACCAUUUACCUGCUCAGACUGUGGUAAAAAAUUUCGUAGCAAAGAAGGUGUGAAGCUGCAUAUGAAUGUCCACACAGGGGAGAAAAAAUUUAGUUGCUCGGUUUGUGGUAAACAAUUUUCUCGUAAAUUCACACUAAAGGCCCACUUCACUAUCCAUACAGGGGAGCGACCAUUUAGCUGCUCAGUUUGUGGUAAAGGAUUUUCCCGUCAGGACCAUCUGACGACCCACUCAACUAUCCAUACAGGGGAGAAACCAUUUUGUUGUCCAGUUUGUAAGAAAUGUUUUAGAUUGAAAGACGGGCUUUACCAGCACACGAGAGUCCACAUAUCAGAGAUGCCAUUUAGCUGUUCAGUUUGUCGUAGAAGGUUUUCUGACGAGGAAAAUCUGAAGCACCACAUGAAUAUCCACACAGGGGAGACACCAUAUAACUGCUCAGUUUGUAAGAAAGGAUUUUCCACUCAGGGACAUCUGAAUGACCACUUGAUUACCCACACAGAAGACAAACAAUUUAGUUCUUCAGUUUAUAAGAAAGUGUUUUCCCAACAGGGACAGCUGGAAGAACACAUGGCUGUCCACACAGGGGAAAUACCGUUUAACUGUUCAGUUUGUAGUAAAACAUUUGCUCACAAAGGAAUUCUGAAGCUACACAUAAAAUACCAACACAAAGGAGAAAUCAUUUAACUGUUCAGUUUGUGGUGAAAGAUUUUCCCAACAGGGACAUCUUAAUGAACACUUGGCUGUCCACACAGGGGACACACAGUUUCAUUGUUUGGCUUCACAGUCUGUGACUUUUUAAAAAUUGGAACUCAGGUACAUCACUGGCAUACACAUUACCCUAACCCCUACAACCCCUCCAUAAGAGCCGCUAUUGAGAUACUGUGAUCAAGCUAAAACUGGUAAUUUAUAGGAAUGCAAAAUUCUAGUCCUCAGAAAUGUGAGUUAUGAGUUCAUCAUGAAUUUUGUUAGGUGAGUGGCAGUUUAAACAAUAAUUUCCCUGCAUCCAAACUGAAUGUUUUGCAUUAUUGUUAAUAGAUAAUUGUACCAAUCAGACAGCCUCAAAGUUGUUCCCUCAAACAGAGGGUCUAGGGGGAUUCAAGUCUGUAAGAUUCUUUAAAACGCGAUCCUGUUUUUUGAAUGAAAUGACAAAGUUGCGUACUCCCUUUUAAUCAUGUUUUUACUGACAUCUUUUAACAAUCAUUGUGCAUAAUUUUUGAUUAUAACCAUCAGUGUACUUAUUAUGCUUGCAAUGCCUUGCUAAAUCCAGAAAAAAAAAGAAAACAAAACAAAAAAAACAUUAAA